AUGGGGGAGGCAGCACGUAAGGUACUGUCUUCUGGAAGGCUAACAGGAGCAGCUAAAUUAACAAAUGGAAGAAAACGGUUUGGCUUAAGAAAAGGAUGUCAUUCCGAUGCGGAGUCUGGAUAUUCUCUCUAUUCAACUGACUCUGAUGAUCAGGUUGAUACAAUUCAUAAUGGGCUUGACCGUUGUGCAGCUUUACUGAAGAAUAUCUUACAAAAUGAGGCUACAGUACCAGUAUCAAAUAGAAAACUUGCCUUGUCCACCACACCUUCUACUGAGACAGAACUUUCCAGUGCAGCACAGAAUCAGAUGGUUCAACCCAUUCAUGUGCCUUGCAGUCAACACUCUCCAGUGGUGCAUCAGAAACUGUGCGAGCAUGUGCAAACUCAGAUGUCUCUGAUAACUGGCCAACCGUCACAGAACAGAUGUCAGAAUGUUACAGCUUUUAAUUACCGAUUACCUACCUCCACAUCAGCUCUGUCCCUGCAGCAUUCAGCUAAUCCUUUAUCUACUCAGUCAGGUGUUCCCGUAGACGGUGGCAAUGAAUGUGUGCCGGAGAUGGGAGGACCUGUGGUUUGCCCAGUAGUUUCUGCUGCUUCUACUAAUGCUGCUCAAAUACAGUCUGCUCUUCCUUGUGUGAUCCCUUGUAUAGCAUCAGGUGCAUCAAGUAACUCUACAGUAUCUUCAUUCAUCCCAUCAUCUUCUGGCAGAGAGAUGACACCAAACCAUGAGCAACAGAUAAAAGAAGCAGAUUUGAUAAGAUGCAUACAAGCUCACCUGGCCCUGUUACAAUCACAUGAAAUGAUGAACGGCAGGACUGAACAGAAUCGCCAUCAUCAUUGUCCAGCAAAACAUAAUGCUUCAAGUAACAAGGAGGAAGAUAUUUCUGAAGAACACAGUGAGGAUACAGUCAGCGAAGAUGACGAGCUGAAUGCACUUGAUACAGCCCCAGUGAGAGAUACAAGCUGUAAGACAAGUUUUGUGAAGAAAGUUCCAAAAUCUAGAAAAGAAAGUCCAGAAGAAACAGCCCAUAAAGUUAAGACUAUAAAAUAUCUUCUGGGAGAGCUCAGAGCACUGAUAGCAGAUCUAGAUGAUUCAGAAAUGUUAAGGCUGAUGAGUGAAAUAGAAGACUGCAUAUCAUUGCUCCCAGCUGUAGUGGGAAGUACGAAUAUACAAGCUGAAAUAGCACUGGCUUUACAGCCUCUCAGAAGUGAAAAUGUCCAGCUGCGUAGGAGACUAAGAAUAUUAAACCAGCAACUCGGGGAACGAGAAAGAAGUGAGAAGACAUCUGGACAGAGCUGCAACUAUGAAUUAGUUUCUUUGCAGUCCUUGAAUAUGAUGCUCCAGAGUCAAUUGAAAGAAUCACUGAAAGGCCUUGAGUCACUGCAGGCUAAAAAUGAAGAACUACUUAAAAUAAUAGAAAGUCAGAAAGAAGAAAAUAAACAUCUUGCAAAAGAUAUUCAAGAUAAAGAAGAAGAAUUGCUUGAAAACAAACAGCGUCAUGACAUUCAUUCCACCAAGCUCAAGAUUGAAGUGGAAGAGGCAUUAGCAAAUGUGAAGAACCUUCAAUUUAAGCUGGAAGCUUCAGAGAAAGAAAAUAAGAUUUUGGGCAUAACAUUACGGCAGCGUGAUGCAGAAGUUAACAGACUGCGUGAAUUAACCAGAACCUUGCAGGGCAGCAUGGCCAAGCUUCUGUCUGACCUCACAGUAGACAACAUCAGACCCAAGCCUGAAAAAGGUCUCUCAAAGUCGCUUUUGGAAGACCAUGAAAAACAGAUGCAACCUGAUCUUUUUCCUGGGAGUACUUCAGUAAUGACUUACCUUAAAAAAUUAGAAACGGAUCAUAUUUUGACAGAUACGGAACUUCAAUUCUCAAAUAAAAGUGGAGAAUUAGAAAUGCGAAAUCUAGCCUAUGAAAAGUUGGCUGCUGAAGGAAGUAAAAUAAACAGUACAUUAUUAGAAGAAGAAACAUCAACUCCCAGAAUACUACCAGCCUCUCUGAAGCAAGACACAGAAACAGUUAGGGAUUCUGUGACUUUACUGGAUGAACAAAACAAGUUGGACGAGACUGUUUAUAUUCCAUUGACUAGCAGUGCCUCUAAAAAGCAGUUGCCAAUCUCUGAAAGAACUGGUGUGCUACUCCAAAGUAGAGGUGCUUGUAAGAUGCUGAACUACCACUGUGAGCUCUCGGACUCUGUGCAGCAAAAUGGAUGUGAGAUUGCAAAGGAUCCAACUCUUCUGGGUAAAUUAAAUGCUGGGUACAGUGGGAAAAAGACUAUGGAAAAUGCACUUGAAGUUACAGGGGAUAAAGUGAAGCCAGAAGGAGAUAAAGUCCAAAUGAGGCCAAAAGACACUCCAAGUGGAGCUGUAAAAGACUUCACAGACAAACCAGACCAACCUCAGCCUGGUACAUACCCUCGCAUACCGAUGCUAUUUCCGAAAGACGUUUCUCAGAAAAAAGGGAGUGAAAUAGCUGACUUUAGUUCUAUUUCAUUUGAUGAUAUAUCAGGGAAGUCUGAGUGGAGUGCAUCGUCUUUCUCAACUUUUACUUCUCGAGAUGAAGAGGACUUUAAGAAUAGCUUAGCAGCCUUGGAUGCCAACAUAGCUAGGUUACAAAGAACUCUGCAAAAUAGCAUUAUGAAACAAUGA